AUGUCGCUGAAUGAGGUGCCGCCGGCGAUUCUCGCCUUGGGCAACUCCAGCGCCACAGCCGCCGCGGCCCCUACCACCGGCAUAUCUUCAGUUGACGGGGUCCCAGGGGACUGGAUUCGCUGCAAGAACGGGCUGCGUCAGGGGGACCCCCUCUCCCCCUACCUGUUCAUCCUUGUGGCUGAUGUGCUCCAGCGUUUAAUUCGUCAAGCUUGGGCCGGUGGCUCCCUGUCGCACCCUCUUGCCGAAGACACUCCCUGCCCUGUCCUACAAUACGCGGACGAUACCUUGAUUCUUUGCAAAGCCUCCUCCAGCGCUGCUGCGUGCCUCCGUCGGGUGCUGGAAGACUUUGCGGCCGCCACAGGUUUGGCCAUAAACUUCCAUAAAUCCUGCUUCAUCCCCAUGAAUGUCGACCCCCUUGAGGCCGCGAACAUGGCUGCCACACUAGGAUGCCCCAUCUCCUCCUUCCCCCAGUCGUACCUGGGUCGUGAUUUGGGGGAGCUCUCGGUGACCCCCUCUUUCCUGGAGAAGAUUGUCCGGGAGUACCUUCCCCUGUACCGCGCGAUCACCCGCGUCGCGAUCCAGGAUGGACGCUCCACGUCCUUCUGGUUGGACAAAUGGCUGCCGGGCAGCCCCCUCGCCGAGCGCUUCCCCGCCCUCUUCUCCCACUGCACCCGCCUGCACGCCACGGUGGCGACCGUGGUUACUCGGGGGCUGGACCUGCAGCCCCGACUCUCCGCUGCGGCGGGGGCCGAGCUCUCGCUGAUCCGCCAGAUCAUCGACGACAUCCGCCUCACCCCCCUCCCCGACGACCGCGCCAUCGACUCUACCUCGGCCCCCCGCUUCAGCUCGAGGGAGGCAUAUAGGAUGCUCUCCCCCCAGCGCCCCAGAGACGAGUCGGCGUGCACCGCUUGGGCUCUACGCCUCCCGUCCAAGCUGAAGAUAUUCUCGUACCUCCUCGACAUCGACCGGCUGAGCACCUGUGCUAACCUCUUCUACAAGAAUUGUGCGCCAUCUGAGAUUUGUGCCUCCUGCCCCGUCGCUGAGACCAGGAGGCACCUGUUCUUCGACUGCAGCCUUGCCGCUUCGGUUUGGGCCCGUCUGGAGGCCCCAAUCCCGGACGGGCUGUUCUCCAUCUGGGAUAUCCGAUCCCCCCUCCGGAUUUCGGUCUCCGCCUGGCAUACGGGAGUGGCGAAAACUCUCUGGGCCAUUUGGAAAAGCCGGAAUGAUCUUGUCUUCAAUGGGAGACCCUCGACCCCGAGUUCCACGUUGCUCCGAGCUUGCGAUGACCUUGUGCUUUGGCGGUGGCGCCUACCGCCUGCCGACUGGGCUGACUUAGACACGCUGCGGUCUUACAUGCUGGCUAAAGCGUGA